AUGGCGAGUCUCAGUUCUAAACUCCAGGAUUAUCUCUCCUCAUCGAAAUCUGGGAACAGCGCUUCAAAACCUACGGACAAUUCCUCAAACGACACGAAAAGUAAAAGUUCAUGGUUCGGCAGUAGCGACGACGUCGAAAUACCGAUCGAAGAUGAUGGCAACGGGUGGUUUAACGAAGCACAAAAGGAUCCGAUGUGUCCGUCGUUGAGUAAAAAGCAGCGUAUUAUAGGUUUCAUGGGUCUUUUACUUGCUGGUGUAUUUUGUUUUGUGGUAGCAGGAAUGUUUGCUCCAUUUAUAGUACUUAAAGCCAGAAAAUUUGCACUUCUUUAUACGCUUGGGAGUUUAUUUACAAUAAGUAG